AAAAUAUUUUUGACAACCAAAAAUAAGUCUUUGACAACACGCAUGGAACAUGUGGAGGGCUCGCUGACAGACUGAAAUCAAAUUGCCAUUCAAAAUGAUUUCUGCUGAUGCUGGAGAUCUUGAUGAACUUGUUGACUUGGGAGGUAACAGUGAUGAUGAGGUGCCUGAUACAAGAAAACAUGCCAAGCUGAUCGAUGCUAUCUCUUCCUUAGACGGGAAAAAAAAUCACCGGCUCAGUCAAAGAACGGUCCCCACAGCUCAAGUGUCUGAGUUUGGCUUCACAAGCAGUAACAACAAGAAUGCCAAAGUAAGACUGCAUGAACUAGUGGGAUCAUUGAAGGAUACGACAAGUCAUGGAGAACUCAAAAAACAUCUCCGCACCAUAGAUAAACGCAGCAAGGUUGUCUCUGUCCCCUUACCAAAGCAUGAACAGGGAAAGAUUGAACGGUCAGUUGCCUAUGAGAAGACGAGUGAUGAGCUAAAGAAAUGGGACCCGGUUGUCAAGGAGAACAGAACGGCAGAACAGAUUGUGUUUCCUCUGAAUCAGCCAUCUUUAAAACUGCAUACAGCAAGUAAAUUUGCAGGAAUCAAACCCAGAACCCCUUUAGAGAUGGAAGUGGCUGCAUUACUUCAGGGUAGUCCAAACAUCCCAACUAAAAAUAAGGAAUUGACGAAAGCUGAAGAGAAAGCUCUACAAGCUAUGAGUAUUGAGGAGGCCAAAGAGAGAAGAGCAGAGCUGCAAAAACACAGGGCACUUCUCUCCUACAAGGAGUCAAAAGCCCGCUGGCAGAAAAAGAUAAAAAGUAAAAAGUAUCACAAAGUUUUGAGGAAGGAGAAGUUGAAACAUGAGAAGAAGGCACUUGAUGAGCUGGAAAAAAAUGACCCAGAUGGUUACCAGGAAAAAAUUGAUGAUAUCAACAAGCAGCGUAUACAGGAAAGGAUGAACCUGAAGCACCGAGGUGGAAGCAAAUAUGCCAAGAAGCAAAUGAUAUAUGCCAAGUACGAUGACAAGGCUCGUCAGUCUGUCCAGGACAUGCUGCAAAAGAGUCGGGACCUAACCAAAAAAAUGAUCACAGAAACUGGUGAGAGUGACUCAGACGGAGGUGUUUCUAUGGACAGUGAAGACGAGAGAGCCAUGAUGGAAAGUGAAAUGAGUGGAGACAGGAAUAUGCCACAGAAAAAUCCAUGGAUGUCUGUAGGAUCUAAACAUCCUCAAACAACAGGAUUUGAGAAACCAGUAGCAAUAGUUAGUACAGAUAGUCAACAGGACCAAUCAGAGCUUCCAGUCAGUCAACAGGACCAAUCAGAGCUUCCAGUCAGUAUGGCAGAAUCAGAGUCACAAACUAAUGAAGAUGCUAAUAUAGAUGAGAUUGAAAAAAUCUUCAAAUCACCAAAUGUCAAUGUUAAAAAAGAAAACAGUCAACUUCAGUCAAAUGUCAAAGCAAAAGAAGAUAAAAAGCAGGCAAAGAAGAAAGCAAAAAAGCAAAAAAGUAAGCAAAACAAAUCUGGAACAGAAAAAGAUCAAUUGAAAAUAAUCAAGCCUUCCAAAGAUGUGACAGAAGAAUUGGAGGAAGAGGAAGAUGAUGAUUUAAUAACUGAAACCCUAACAAGGAAACAGACCUUGGAAGACAUUGAAGAUGGAUUGCUUGACAAAGAGGAAAUGGACCAAAAUAAAACAAGUAAUAAUAAAAACAGUACUAGAGAGAUUUCAAGGCAGAGUAAAGACAAGAGUACAGAGGUUCAGGUCGAUCCAAAGAAACUUUUCACAUUGGAAUCAAAGCUUUCAAAUAUUAAAACACCAGAUGUGGUUACAGGAAAUGACGAGGAAGACGAUGAUUUAGAUGCCGAUGAACAACAGAGGUUAACAAUUGCUCAAGCCUUUGAGAAUGACGAUGUUAUUGAAGAGUUCACUAAAGAAAAGAAGGGAAUUGUAGACCGGGAUAACCCCAAGAACAUAGAUUUAACGCUGCCUGGCUGGGGCGAGUGGGGAGGGACAGGUCUUCAAAUGUCAAAGCGCAAGAAAAAAAAAUUCAUUAUCAAUGCUGGUCCAGCCAUUCCUAGGAAGGACAGUCUAUUGGGAAAUGUCAUCAUCAGUGAGCUAAAAGAUGAAUCCAUGAGGAAACACCAGGUGUCAAAAUUACCAUUUCCAUAUGCAAAUGUACAGCAGUUUGAACAGAGCGUCCGAGCACCAGUUGGCAACACCUGGAAUCCAGAAACGACCUUCAAGGACCUCAUCAAACCAAAGGUCAUCACCAAGCUUGGUUCUGUCAUCGAUCCCAUUGAUAUGGCCGAAGGCCCAGAACUCCUACGACAGGUGUUCUUGGAAAGGGGCUGGAUUGAAUUUGAUGAGGAUGAUCAGGAAGAACAUGAAUGGAACCUAUGGUGGCGCACGUCACGUUUCCGUAAUUGUGAUUAUGACCAGAUCUAUCCAUGGCAACGAUUGAACCACUACCCAAAGUCAACUGGCAUCACAAAAAAAGACUGUCUUGCUCGCAAUCUCAAGCGGAUGAAAGGUGUACAUGGGGCAGGGGUAUAUAAUUUCAGUCCGAUAGCUUUUAAUCUUCCAAAUGACUAUACUAGAUUUGUUGCAGAGUAUGGAAAGUUAAAACAACAACAUUCUGAAUCCAAACAUAUACUUUGGAUUUGUAAGCCAGCUGACUUGUCCCGUGGUCGGGGGAUAUUUCUCUUUCGGGACAUCUCUGAUUUGCAGUAUGACUGCAAUGCUGUUGUCCAGCAAUACAUCUCCAACCCAUUCUUAAUAGGAGGAUACAAGUUUGAUAUCCGUGUAUAUGUGGCUGUACCGUCCUUUCAUCCUCUUAAUAUUUACAUAUUUGAAGAGGGUCUUGUAAGGUUUGGAACAGAAAAGUAUGAUCUAAAUGCCUUACAUAAUGUUUUUGCUCAUUUAACCAAUACUUCCAUAAACAAACACAGUCCUGGGUAUGCAUUGGACAAGGAACGUGUGGGUCCAGGAUGCAAAUGGACAAUCACACAGUUACGACAGUACUUUCAUCAACAUAAUGUCAAUGACAGUACACUAUGGACUCGAAUCAUAAACAUUAUCAUUCUGACUCUACUUGUUCAAGCUCCCCAAGUGCCAAAGUGUGACAACUGCUUUGAACUUUAUGGAUUUGACAUCCUGAUUGAUGAAAAUUUAAAACCUUGGUUAUUAGAAGUAAAUUUUAGCCCUGCGCUUAGCUUUGACUGCCAAGCUGAUCUCCUAGUCAAGAAACCUUUGCUUCAUGACCUGAUGAAACUGUUGAAUUAUAACGAGAAAGAUUUGGAAAGAGGUGGAGAUGCAUUCAAAAAGCAUCAUAGUCGAAGCAGAGCUUUGGAUCCAUAUGAUCGUCACUCAUCUAUGAGUCACACCAGUCAAAGAGGAGGUACUCUUAAAAAGACAACAUCCUUCCACAAAAACAUAUCGUCAUUGAAUAAACAGCAGACAGCUGUACAAGAAAGUGCAUAUUUUAUCAAUGAGGUGCCCGAGUCAAAACAUGAAGAAAACAUGUGUUUUGGUUUACCACUUGCCACUCCAGGAGAUGAUGGGCGGCCUAGUAGUGCAAGUUCUGGAAUCUCUAGUGUAGACAGUGAGAAACUUGAGGGCACAGAAGAAGGGGGCCUGAUGGAUAGACAAAGGACAAUGGGUAUGAUGUCUGAGCGAUCAGCCACUGCAUGUAGUCGAAGGUUGGUCAGUCGAGAUGGUCGGAUGAAGCCUGAAGAGUAUGAGGAGGUGAAUAAUAAUAGUGUUAAAGGAAACAUUCAAAACUUUAUGGAAAGGUCUGCUACUAUGUCAUCUGUGGUGCGAAGGGCUGACUACCAGCAGGGAUCACAAUCUCUUACAGAAAAAGGCUCUAUAAAAAGUUCCUAUACUUCAGACAGUGGAAUAUCAAGUUACUCUAAUUCUAGUCAUGAAAAUUCAGACUUGACAACAAGGCCAGACUGUCGGAGGAAUAGCAAGCUGUUGCCUCAGAGAUCGCAGACCAACAACUUACUAUGUCAGCAGGCAGACCAGAACCAGAUCGCACACAGAGGAGAUGCGAGUCCAUUGUUUGGUCACAGAAAUAGUACUCACAACAUCAAAUCUCUUCAGCCUAAUGAAACGUCAAAUACACUGAAGAAGAUUGCAGCAUCUGGGAUGACAAACUCUCAACAACACUAUCGUAGUAAUGGAAUUAGUAGUGGUGCUGGGAACAUGAAAAUCCGUAGGAACUCCAUGUAUCAAACACGUUCAGCUGUCCGGUACCCCACACCCCGGUCAAGUCGUGAGUCUACUUCCAGUAGAUACAGCAAUUAUCAAGGUAACAAUAAUGCUGUAUCAGGUUCAAGGACACAACUUUAUGUGUCAACAUCACCUGUACCUCGGAGGUUAACUCGGAAUGCAGAACGACAAAUUGCUCCUCCUGUACGAAAGAGCCAAAAUUCCCGACUUGCCUUGAGUAGCAGGCAUCGUGUGAACUCCAAUGGACCCAAAUCAAAAGGUCCAUGUUCCAAAGUAGGGGACAUGUUUUUGGUGUUUCCUUUCAGCGAUGUCACACUACGGACAGCUAACAGCACCUUAGAUCCACAUGUUGUGAUUAAAGAGACACAGAGACUACUUCGAGAAUCAAUUCAUUCGGUGGAUAAGGGUUCUCAAGGACAAAAGGUGGGUGGACAUUUGCCCUAUGGACAGCCAUUGGAUGCUGACAGACUGUGGGGACCCAUUAAACAGCUACCAGAAGAGGCUGCUUGAGUUAAGAUACCACGUGUGUUGAAUCAUGGUUACGUGCAGAUGAAGAAAUACCUUGACUGAUUUGCAUUUGAUGCUGAAAUGGAGUGAUCAGUAUUACCACAUCAUGCCAAAAACGUGGAACCCUGAACAACCAGGAUACUGAAUUGAAUAUGCUAUGCAAUGUUGUUGUGUUUGUACUGUUAGUUAUCCUGUAAUGUAGAUUGUACUGAGUGGGCAAUAUACUCCAAUGAUGGGGCCCCUCGAGCUCUUAUUUCACUGUCACCUGGCAUACCAAACUAGUAAUGCAAUAAUUGUUUACAAUGCAUCGUUGCGGCCAAGUUGUUCUAGAGUUGAUGGCGUGUUGUUAAAACGUGUAAGAAAAAAACUGGUUAGCUGUUAUAUUAAGUUUUCAUCAACUAAAUUCUGUGAACAAAGCUAGUGACAAUUUUGUCUUAAUGGUAUUCAGGGCGUUAGUAGGAUGGUUUAAGAACAUUAAACUAAUCCUGUUUAUAGAAGUGAUCUUAUGAAAUGAAUUAUAUCUACUCCCGCUGGAUAUAUGUACUCGAGGGAUCUUGAGCACAUACAUUUUAAGAAUACCAUUCACUAGAAUCACAUGCAUCGAGUUAAAUUACCAAUUUUAUAUGUAUGUGCCACGAAGGACAUGUAAACCCAUUACUCAGUGUCACAGCAUGGUUUGUUCACCUUCCUGUACCUAUGUUUGAAGACAACAAGUGUCUUUCUACUAUGGUGUAAACCUCCAUCAUACAUGAUUUCUAAUGAUUGUGAAUAUGUAAUUCUAUAUAGUAAUGAUAAGUUAUUUUUAAGAGAAAAAUAUUGAAAAAUGUUUUGAAAAUUCGUUGUUACAAUUACAUGUAUUACAAUUUAGGGGAAUAUAAUUAAAUCAACACGUCUUUAUUCCGAUGUAGAAUAUAGAUAUAACCCCCAAAAUAACAAACAUAUUUGUGAUAUUGACGCGUGAUAUGAUAUAGUGUAUAUAUAUAAAAAUGCGUUUGCGAUAUAUAUACUAUUCAUUUUUUUCCGCCAAAACAUUGCCCCAGUGAUAAAAUACAGAGUUAUGUGCAGUAAAUCGCCGUUAUUACAAAUUAUAUGGUGAUACACUCUUGUUUUUGCAGGUACAGAUCAAUGACUAUAAAACUCGAUUUUUCUCCGCAAGGAAUUAUUAGUUGUUUAGAGAGGAUUUUCAUCACACGAGAAGAAAAAGACAUUUGUUUGGAGUUCAGACAUUUGUAAGAUGCAUGUAUCACCUCUUUUCAAUGAGUAUUUCAGACAUUUGUAAGAUACAGGUAUCACCUCUGUUCAAAGAGUAUUUCCAGUGUUAGCAGUUGGAGGGAAAUAGUGCAUGUCUGGGUGUUAAAGAUUAAAGAGUAAGUUAUUGUAUGGUUAUUAUUUUUAUAUAUAGUGUAGAUUGCGUAUAUUUCCAUGUUAUCUUCAUUUUGCACUGACUGUACUCAACUUAUUUAACUUGUGUGAAAACACAUCAUACGAAGUGGAAGUAAUUUGCAGUACAAUUUUUUUUUUGCAUUUGUUAUCAUUUGAAAACUCUUUGACAAGAUGAGGGAUUUUGCAUUGUAGUUUAUAUAGUAUUGGGAAAGAAUUCGUUCCUAGAAAAUCAACUCUGUAUAUAUCUAUUAAACAACCUCUUCUCUAUAUUAAACUCUCGCUGAAGUCUAGUCUUCUAGUACGCUGGCUGUAGUUAGGAUUUUGUUUCUUACACUGUCAACGACCAGAUAAACCAUGUUCCAUAUUGACGGGUGGUCUGCUAAUUGUUACACAAAUGCUAAAGAUGGGAUGACUUGUAUUUUUGCUUCAACGACUAUGAGUAUGACCCGUCCAAAGAAUACAGGAUGAGUCAUACUCGAGAGAAGCCAAUUUUUCAUCGGGCGAUUAUUUUUUGUGACGUAGGUCCGCGCCUUUCCCAUGUGGUGGUAAGCAUUGCUUAGCAAUUUGAAGUUUAUCUGAUCAGAUUAAGUUAUAUAUUUAUUUUUGCCAUUUUUUGUUAUCACCUUUGACUCAAAUUGUCUGCCCCUUGUUAUAGUCUGUCGAGGGUGUAUGGGUAUAUAUCCGCAACAGUAUUAUAUCUCAUAUUUGUGUACAUUAUUUGAAACAUCUUCAUCAUUUUCAAAUGUUUUAUUUACAUAUAUAGUAAAUUAUAAUCCUGGGCGCUAAACACGAUUUGUAUUCUUUUAUUAAUUUAUUUAUUUGUAAAAGAACUUCCAAUGCUCAUCAUUUACAUCGGACGACAAACGUCGAUUGUGAUCCAUUUGAAAUGUCCGUUAAAAUUUGAGUUUUAUGCUUCAAUGUGACCGGUUUUCGACCAAGCUUUCCAUAUCAAUGAUCUUUUUUGUGUGUUACAACUUUUAUCUAAAAGCUCUAUGAAUUUGAAAUUUUUUAUCGUGGCUACCACCCAGGGAACUUACAACUCUUUGUUGCUGUUUUUAGUUGAAGGUUUCUGACGGGUAAGCGUAAUUGUUUUAUUCUUUGCGAUUUUUCGUUAUUUCGUAUUAUAAUGUUUUCGGUGUUAAUUUAUAUUUCCUGUUUUCGAGGAUAUUCUUCGUGUUUGACAAUAUCUAAUACUUUCGAAAAACCGUUUUCAAUCAAUCUCUUUUUUUCAAAUGACCUCCUUAACUUUUCCUCUAUAGGCUAUUUAAAACACAAAAUUGAAGUUUUGACUGAUAAGUAACUUGUUUUGUUUCUGACAAAAAAUGAAUACAAAAAGUGACGUACUUUUCGUUCUUUUUGAGUGUUUUAAAUGAAGUGAGAGUUAUAUUUAUGUCAUUUUUAUUCCUUUACGAUUAGUUUUAGCUAUUCUUCAUUGUGUUAUGGCAUAUAGCAAUUUUUCUUCCGUUUGUUUGUUUUUGUUUUGUUUUUCUUAUCUUGCGUUGAAUUAUUCUGUUUUUAAUCAUCAAUGGUGCUCUGGUGCUCUAGGAUACAUUAUUUACUACUAUAAUUUAUAAUGUGUUUCAGUUAUCAUACCUAUGUAGUCGCUAUUCUUUCUUGAAUUCCAAUAAUGACUAUAUUGUUAAUGGCGUCUUUUAGUUAUUAUAUUAUUAUAUAGAUAUAUAUAUUAUGAUGUAUAUACAUGUAUGAUACAUAUAUAAAUUGUUUAUAUAGUUUUAAGUUCUAACAUUUAUUUUUAAUUUGUGUGUGAAUUUUGUGUUUGCAAGAGUCCCAUCUUUGUAAACCUUAUUUCGAAAUAUUGCGUUUUGGGUGAAGCAAAAACAUAUUUAGUGAUUGUUCAGUUCGAUAUUGCAUUUCAGACAGAUGUGAUAUUUAGAUUUAAGUUAACAAAUAUAAACAAUAAUGUUUAUAACUUAAACCUUAAUAUCGCACAUUAACUCUACAUUUAUGAAGUUUGACACGUUAACUUAUAAAUAUCGACACGUAAACUUUACAUUUAUAAAGCGAGGUCAAAACCAUAUCAGAAUAUCUGAGCAGUAGACGGAGGGAGGCAGAUAUUUCCUGGCCUGUUCAUCUAAUCUAAGCGAGAAUUGUUGAUAUUGGGAUAUUGUGAAUCAUGCAGUUGUUUGAAAACUUUACCUCUAACCAAUCCCACACUUACUAAUUGGAUUUACGAAAUUGUUCCUCAUAGGUGAAUUAUGGAAAUGGUAUCUCUAAAAUUAAACACUUGCUUAGCUUGCGAAGGGAUUCAUGGAUAUUUUUUCCGUAUGUAUGUCGAAAAGAAUUUGAAUUGAAAAUUUUAAAAGAUUUAGCAUCUUUCACUAUUACAGAAAUAUGGAACAUAUUUCCGAUAACAAGUUGUGAUAUUUAACCAGCUACACGAUUUAUUUUGUCGUUUGAUUAUGUAUUUUUUAUGCUAUAAUAGAUGUUGUGCACUUCAUUAGAUGUAACAGAUUACCUUGCUCUUAUAAUACAAAUUACAAGCUAUCAAGAUGGAUACUUCCGAAUCAAAAUGCACCUAGGUUAGUAAAGCAAGAAAAACAGCUAAAUAUACUGGAUUAGGGAAUACAAUGUAUAUAUAUGGGUCUUGUUUAUUUUCACCGGCAAACCGUUUUGAUGUCAAUCAUAUACGCGUUAGAUUAAAAUAACAGAAAGCUAACAAAUAAAGGACAAAUAAAA